AUGUCAGGCCCAGAGAAGGUGGUGAAAAUGGUAGGCACAUUCGAGGAGGAGACAGAGGAGGAGACGGUGCAGGUGGAAGAUGAAGAGACAGUGCAGGUGGAAGAUGAUGAGACAGUGCAGGUGGAAGAUGAAGAGACAGUGCAGGUGGAAGAUGAAGAGACAGUGCAGGUGGAAGAGACGGUGCAGGUGGAAGAUGAAGAGACAGUGCAGGUGGAAGAGACGGUGCAGGUGGAAGAGGAAGAGACGGUGGAGGAGAUGGCUAAGGUGUCAGAAGAGGCCAUCAAAACAAAAGGGAGAAAAGUACCAGGAGCAGCCACCUACAAGAGCUCUUUUAAUAAUGAAUGGACCUCUAAAUGGCCAUUUAUUACUGUAGGAAGCACCAGCUCCUAUUACUGGUGUUCUAUCUGCCGCCAAGAGAACUCCUGUGCCCAUCAAGGUGUGCGGGAUGUGACAAGGCACAUAGAAAGUAAGGGGCAUCAGGCCAAACAGCAGGCACUAAAGUCAACCAGCACAGUCAAAAACUUUUACUUGCCAGUGACUGCAGAAAUGAGUGUGCAAGAGGUCAAGACAAGGAGAGCUGAGGUGAAAGUUGCCGUAGCAAUGGUUCAACACAAUGUUUCAUUUGCUGUGGCAGACCAUUUCAGCCCCUUGUACAGGGAAUGCUUCAAAGACUUUCCCACAGCUCAAAAUUUCAAGAGUGCCAGCACAAAAACUAUGUGCAUCAUUAAUCAAGCAGUUGCACCACAUUAUAGAAACGAGCUGGUGUUGAAGAUGAGGGAAAAUCCCUUUACACUGGUCACGGAUGGCUCAAAUGACACAGGACUAGAGAAGAUGAACCCCCUAACUGUAAGGGUAUUUGAUACCACCAAAGUUGUGCACAGAUUCCUCGACAUGUGCACCACAAGUGGAAGAAACUGUGGCACAGCUGAUGUCAUAUAUAAAAAAAUCAACGAUGUCCUGAUAGAGCAUAACAUACCAUGGAAAAAUUGUGUCGGCCUGUCAGUUGACAAUGCCCCAGUUAACACUGGAGCCAAAAAUUCAAUUGCGGCAAAAAUGCUUAAGGAAAAUCCCAGCAUUUACAUUCAUGGAUGCCCCUGCCAUAUAAUCCAUAACACUGCUAAACACGCUGGGAAAAGGUUUUUGGAAAUAUCUGGAUUUGACACUGAGGACCUUGUGGUUGACGUUGGAUACUGGUUUAAGGGCAGCACAAACCGUAAAGGUUACUUGAAAGAAUUUUGUGAACUCCAUGGCAGUGAUUAUAUGGAAAUGCUGCUGUACAUUUCUGUGAGGUGGCUGAGUUUGGAGAUGUGCAUCACCCGCAUUCUGCAGCGGUAUGGCCCACUCACCAGCUACUUCAAAUCUUUAAAUGAGAAACAACCAAGGUUCAGGAGGCUGGUGGAGGCGUUUUCCAAUCCCCUGACGGAAGUCUACCUCCUGUUCCUUCAGGCCACAUUCCCAGUGUUCUCUACACUGAACCUCCUUCUCCAGAGAGAAAAGGCAUCCAUUUUCCAGCUGUAUGAAGAGAAAUUCAUCAAGAAACUCUGUUUGAGGUUCAUGACACCAGCAGCACUACGAGGAGGAGAAGUCCAUGACAUCCCCUACAAGGACCCACUGUACCGACUGCCAGGAGAAAAACUCAAUGUGGGUUUCACCACCAGAGCUACGCUAAACAGGCUCCUUGAGGCUGUAGAGGUCACAUCACAGAAGGCUCAACAAUUCCAGCAGGCAGCACUGGCCUUUUUGGUUGGAGCUGUGGAGUAUGCCAUGGAUAAACUCCCGUUAAAAGAUGCCCUAUACUUUGUAGACAGAUUUCAGGAACUCCUUCCUUUUCAAGACCCAAAGGAACAAGACCAAGUAAGUGAGGAGUUUAUGGAGUACCAACUCAUGGACAUUGCCUUGCCCCAGGACCCAACAGUCUUUGAUGUUGAGGAGUUUUGGGGAAGAAUGUCCACAAUAAAGAACAAG